AUGAACGUCGACCCUGUAACUGGGAAACCCCUCCCCUCAACUGCCAUCCAACGCAUCCUCUACCUUGCGCCCAAAGUCCACAUCUACCAGAUCCCACCCGCAACCUCUACAAAGGGCUACCAAGCCUCUACCUGGACAGCCGACAACAACAAGCUGCAAAUCUUCACCGCUCGAUUGCGCGUCCUCGAGACGUCAAUUCCACUCAAUGACGAGCAACAAAGCAACGACGAUGCAGAGGAAAAGGUCACGACAACACUCCUACUGGAGGACCCAAAAACCGGCGAUCUAUUCGCCGCAGCACCAUACACAAGCGAGAGGACAGUAGAACAAGCAUUGGACAGCAGCCGCUUCUUCGCCAUCACCGUAGUAGGCGACGGCAGAAAAGCAAUUCUGGGCAUGGGCUUCGAGGAACGCAGCGAAGCCUUUGAUUUCAGCAUUGCGCUGCAAGACGCCCGCCGCGUACUCGGUUUUGAACAAAACCCCACUUCAACGUCGUCAUCAUCCCGCUCCUCGAAAUCCGCACAAACGCCCGUCGCCGAAGAACCGAAACGCGAUUUCAGCCUCAAGGCUGGCGAAACGAUAUCGAUAAAUCUGGGGGGCUUGAAGGGAAGGCGGUCGAGAUCACAUGAAGGGGGUGAGAAGAGUGAGGAGGGCGACCGCAAGAGCGAACAAGAUGCGCUGUUUAGUAUAAAGCCACCGCCGGGCAGUGGGGGUGGUGCAGGUCCUGGGUUUCUGCCACCGCCGCCUAGUGCGAAGAGCGUCAAGGAGGAGAGGAGAAGGAGUAGGCAGAACUUUGAUGCUGCAAGCUUCCAGCCGCCUAAACAGACGGCCGAGGACUUGGGCUUUGAUGAUGGCGAAUUUGGAGAGUUCCAAUAA